UGCGUGCGCAUGAAAACUAUCUUCUAAUUGGUCGAGUUUAAAUAUAGGCAAUAUGGCCGAAAAAGGCGAAAAUUUGGAAAAGAAGCUUUGAAUGAUUUUUUUUAUUUAUCAAGUAUUAACACUAAAUAAAAGUAAAUAAUUCGAUUCAACUAUCGAAAUUUAAUCAUGACUACUGUACAUCGUCAAACUUUAUCUUCACUUCAUCCUGAUGCUCAAAAUACUCUUAUUGUUGGAUUAAUUAUAAAUAGUUUCAAUCCGCGAUCGUUUGAUACACAUUCAAAAUUUGGUUCGUUCACAAGAUGUGUGUGGACUUUUACUCUUCGUGAUAUCGAAACAAACACAAUUAAUGUAACCGUUUGGGGAAGUGAAGAUUAUGUAAAAAACCUUGUAGCGUCCUAUCAUAUAGGCACCGUUGUUGAUGUAAUAAGUGCUAAAGUAAAUUUGAGAAAAGCUGAUGAUAAAAAUGAAAUGUUUGUGCCAUCAGUAAGUAGUCUUUUCAGCUUGACUGUUAAUGAAGGAAUAGCACUAAUCCAGCGUCAUGAAGGUGCUGAUGUUGAUGAAUAUAAAACCCUAUUACACUUACCAAUAAAAAAUAUAUCAAAUGUUAGCUCUGUUCAAAAUGUAGUAGAAAAUCUGCAAACAAUGUUAAACCAAUUUGUUAAUCUUGUAGUCAUUGUUACAUUUAUUGGAGAAGCAAAAAAUAUCAUAACAAAACAAGGACGUUCAAUGGUGACAAGAGAUUUUGAAGCUACUGAUGGUUCUUAUCCAGACACAGUUGCUUUUAAACUUUGGGAGAAUGAUUGGGUUGAGAGAUCUGGAUUAUGGGAACCAAAAUCAACUGUUUUAUUCUUAGCAGAUGUACAAGUUAUUUUCAAUCGAUAUAAGAAAAAAAAUACCCUAGCUAUUGUGAGGAAAACAAUGAUCACUGAGAACCCGUCUAUUCCUCAAACCAUUGAAAUAAGGAAAUCCGUUAAAUUGGAUAAAGAUUAUCAACCACAUGAUCCAUUUAUCGUACCAAUGCCUGAGAGUAUUAAGAAUGUAAUGACAAUUAUGGAGAUAUCACAGCGAUUACAUCAGAAAAAACCAGAUAAUGUUGAUAGAAUACAGUUUUCUACUAUUUUGUAUGCUCAAGUAACAGAUAUGGAGUUAGAUAAUCCUAAUAUACCAAUAAUAAUCACCCGAUGUGCUUUGUGUAAACGUAUUGUUACGAAUCGUAAAGAAUCUUGUAUGAACUUGGAUUGUCCAUGUGGAAACGGAAGAAGAGCGCCUGAAAAUAUUGAUCAUUUUUAUAUCAAAGUUAAUUUAAAAGAUGAUACAGGCCAUUUUUUGAUUGGAUGCAGGUUGACUGGACCACCUGCAGAACAAGCUUUGGGCUGUACUCCUACCGAAUUUAGAGCAAUGAUGAAUGAAGAGCGUCAGAAUUUAAAGUGGAAAUUCUUAAUGGAGCAAGUUGAAGUUCGGCUACAAGUCUUAGGUCCUUCACCAACAUUUUCUCGAGCUCUUUAUAAUAUUUUAUCACUUAAAAGAAUUCGAGACAUAUAA